GGCUGGCAGCAGGGGAAGGACCAUGACUGACAAAGGAAAGGAAGCAAAGGCAGCAAAUACACACGCAACUUCCUCCACAAGCGAUGAGGACGAGCAUCAAGAUUGGAUGAGGAAGAAGGAGAAGAAGUGGGAGGAAUGGAUGCCGAUCCCAGGAUUCGGAGAAAAGAAGUCAUGGCUCCUGAAACGAACACCCUAGAGUUGGGGUGCAGCGCGCAAAGAGGACAAUCUCUUGACCAAGUCUACAUUACAUAUCAAGGAUUCAUCCUGACGCUACUCAAACCAGAUGGCUUCAGUUGGUCUGGCGGAAUCUGUUGUAGUUCUCAACAACCUUGGAUGUGCUGCCAUCGUGGUUCAACUUGUGCACGGGAGCUAUCGAUCCAAGUCAUUUUCACACAAACACGAGUAAGUUUGUGUACCAUAGUGUCGCUGGAGAGCGACGAUGGAGAAGCUGGCGAUGGCUCCAGCAGCAACAACGAGGUUAAAUUGAGUAGACUUGUUCAUCUAAAGGGAGCGUGGUGUCAGUCGGCCAGGCUGCCCAGGAGGGGUUUUGAGUCAAGAGGUUUCAACAGUAAUCACUUGCGGUAUGAGAAAAUCAUUAUCUGCCUC